UUUAAUCCGCACAUCAUAUAAACAGUAAAGAACUCAGGUGACCAAGGUAUUGUAUUACGGAAAAUGUCUCUUGCUAAUGAUUUACAUUUAAUCGAAAAUUCAACAUAAAAAUUUAUAGUUUUAUCUAAUAAGCGAACAGUUUGAGAAUGCCAAUUACAGCAGAAGAGAGGCUUACAAUUUGUCUAAGGUUAUGAAGACUUUUUAAACAUGUUUUGAUUGGGAUCCCAUUUAGAUUUUCUUUAUGGUAAUGGCAAAUUGAGUUAAGAAUCCCCAAUCCUUGGUAAAGGUAGCGUUAAUUUCAUCUUUCACCUGAAUUUAAAUGAAUAUAGGUGUUUCUACAAAAUAAUGGCCAAGCAAUGGAAAAAAUACUUACUGUGGUUUGCACAAGAACACAUAGACUUCCGAAUUGCGGAAAUCGAGUCUCUAAUAUCACUAUUUAAAAUCGAAAUGAGAUAUGCCCAUAAGCCGCAAUUGGAACCUUACUGGAUUGUCGAAUUUUCUUCUGAAGGUGACGCAAAAUUACUAACGACCAGGUCAGUGUCACUAAGAAAUUGCGUAGAGCUAUGGGGCCAUGAGACUUCUACAGCUGCUUUACACACGAAUUUAAGAGAAAAAUGUGAAAUGUUUGCACCAUAUUUUAACCCAAAUAAGACUUUUAAAAUAGAGGUAGAAACUUUUGGUAGACAUUUUACACAAAAGGAAAAAGUAGACAAACUGGAGACUUUUGAUUAUUUACCAAUAAAAGGAAAUGUAAAACUUACAGAUCCAGAUCUUUGCUUGCAAUAUAUCGAAUACUAUGGUACUAGAGCAAGUUGCCCACCACUAUUACCUUAUGAAGUAUUUUUUGGCAGAUGUGUGGCCUACGGUUUAAGGCAGUUAAUGAAAAAACUUUCACUAAAAACUAGGAAGUUUAUAGGUAAUACAAGCAUGGAUCCUCAAUUGUCUCUUCUCAUGGCAAAUCAAGCAAAAGUUAAGAAUGGAGAUAUAAUUUUAGACCCAUUUGUGGGUUCAGGUUCUCUAUUAGUGGCAGCAGCUGAAUUUGGUGCCUAUGUAUACGGAUCUGAUAUUGAUUAUUUAAUGUUGCAUGGAAAAACUAAACCUUCUAGAAUAAGACAGGAGAAGAGGGCAAAAGAUGAGAGCAUAAGAGCCAAUAUGAAACAAUAUAAUUUGGAGCAUAAAUAUCUGGAUGUACUUAUACAUGAUUUUGCAACAAUAUUUUGGAAAGACUGCAUGGAAUUUGAUGCUAUUAUAACUGAUCCUCCUUAUGGAAUUAGAGAAUCAACGGAAAAAAUUGGAACAGAGAAAGAUUCUUUUACAGUUAGCGAAGAACAUUUAUCUACCCACUAUCCAGCAAAAAUUGAAUAUGGUAUCCCCAGUAUUUACCGAGACCUCAUUAUAUUCUCAGCUAAGCAUUUAAAAAUUGGUGGCAGGCUUGUUUGCUGGUUUCCUCUUUUGAGGGAAGACUACAAUGAAAAGGCUUUACCCAGUCAUCCAUGCCUUAAAUUAUUAGCUAAUGGUGAACAGGUGCUAAGUAAAGUUACCUCAAGGAGGCUUCUGACCUUUGAAAAGACAAGGCAUCCUGUUAAAGAGGAAUUAAAUUUAGACAACAUUGCUAUUCAAGACUUUAGGGAAAAGUAUUUUGAGAUUAGAGAAGAGACUAGAAAGGAACGGAGACUUAAGGAAGCAGCAACAAGGAAGGAAAACUGGGAAAAGUAUGCAAGAAGUAAAAAUAGUGUAGAGGGAAGAUAAUAAAUAGUUUCUUUUUUUGUAUUUCAAUAA